CCACUGUUCAAAAAAGAUGAGGCCACUUCCCAUCGCUUUGGGAAGAUAUCAAGAAAGAUGGAAACAUGCUUUUAAUGCUAAAUAUUAAACACGCCUGCCAUAAUCUUUAAACUACGAUAUAGUAGGGGAUAAUACUACUAGGGCACACUUCUCGUUAAUACUACGAGUUGCUACAUUUGCAUGCACAGCGACUAAAUAAGGUGAAAGGGAUUGAAGGGAUGCUUAAGGAGGCUGUUGGUUCCACCAGCGGAGCUCACGUGAAAGACAACAAAUAGCAUGCACUGUGUCUGCUAACAAACCUUUGACAGUCUCCUUCAGAAACAUAUCUUCACAGGACGCAACACGCAGGAUGUAAACGAAGAGACAGCCACAUGUUCACCAUCAAGAAGAGAAGAUGUCAGUGGUCGUGGUCGGUGCGCUCCUGUGCGUGUCUUGUUGGGUCUCGCUCUACUUUAUCUUGUGUAGCGUUAACGGGUCCAGGAGCUACGAGUGGAACUGUCGCCUCGUCACUUUGUUUCACGGCAUCCUGGCAGUCUGCAUCACAGCAUACAUAGGCUAUGUGGAUGGACCCUGGCCCUUCACUUAUCCAGGUACUAAGAACACUCCUCUGCAGAUAAGUGCCAUGGUGGUGAGCCUCGGCUACUUUAUCUUUGACAUGGCCUGGUGUGUGUACUUCCGCACAGAGGGACCCGUUAUGUUGGCCCACCACACCAUGAGCAUCCUGGGAAUCCUGUUGACCCUAUGGUUGGGGGAGUCUGGCAUCGAGUCCUGCGCGGUACUCUUUGGCAGUGAAAUCACCAACCCCCUCCUGCAGGCACGCUGGUUCCUUAAACAGACGGGACAUUACGGGACGCUGCUGGGGGACGUAGUGGACGUCCUGUUCGUGCUGCUGUUUGUGGUGAUGCGAGUCUUCGUGGGAGGCACAAUGCUGUACUGUGAGCUGAUCUCCCCAAGACCCAGAUUCUUUAUCAAGUGUGGGGGAGUGGCGAUGUACGCUCUAUCCUGGGCAUUCAUGGUGGACAUUGUUCGAUUUGCCAUUCGGAAGAGCAAGAGAUGGCAUAAACAGAAGAGAGAGACGGUGGCAGCUAACGGUCAUGAAGGGAAGAACGACUGAUUUGGUUUCUGCUUCUCUAAAGGAAAUCUGUAUCUGUAUUUUUCACUGUGGACGCACGAGGGAAAGUGCAAAGGAAACAAACUUUGCGUGUGUUAAACAGAGAUUAAAACGGGGGAUAUUUCAAAGUCAUAGUUUUCUGUGUGGGGAAAUAUCCUGUGACGUCUGUCUGUAAGGUCUAACACCUGCACAUUUUAUGAAACGACUCCUUUUGUUACGCAGCUAUUUCACAUUUUUGAUUAUCGUGUAAAAUGUGCAGUUAACAAACAACACAGAUGUAGUUUAUAUGUCACUGAAAACCAAAGCACUUUCUAUAAUCAUAUGAACAGAUGUUGCUUUUAGUUGCAGUGAACUGUGGCCUAGUCAUGUGUCACCACACAUGACUGUUCCAACAACAGUUCCAAAUAUAAGCUCAAUGUUAGGAAAGAUACAGUUUACAGUAUUGCCUGUCCACCUUGUGAAACAUUUUUAAAAAACAUUUCAAAAAGGUCUUUCUUGGGAAACUUUGAGCAGAUGUUAAAAGAUGUACUCAGGGAGAUGAAGUCAUAUCAGAAAGUUGGAUUAAACUCCAGAGAAAUAUGUGUAAUGAAUUCGAUUACUUUGUUUAAUCCAGUUUUUUAGCAAUUCCUUUUACGCUUUUGCCUGCUGUCUGAAAUCCUAUUCCAGAUCCAACCCAACAAAAACAUUUCAUUUAUUUAACUUCCCUGAGACUCCUCUCAAUUACAUAGUUCUACACUGAUAACACUAUUGUUGUUGCUGUCCAUUUAGAUAUUUAUGUUACCUAUAAAUAUCUUUAAAAUGUUUAGUGAAAUGGUGUCAGAAUAUGCACUUUAUAGCUUUAGUGUAAUUGAGGAGACUGAUUCCAAUGAUCCGUACUCUGUUCUGAUAGCUCCCAGUUAAUUACAUUUAGUGGAGUCACGUUUCAGUCUCACAGAGAUCUUGUCAGACAAGACAAUUCAAUACAAUUUAUUGCGAGCUGUUAGUACAUUGUGCUGUUCUCUUAUCUGACUUCUUCUUCAGUUCCUUUUUUGUUGUUGUGGAUCCAGCAUCUUUUUGAGAUGCUUACGCUCUACUCUCUGCUUGUCUUAAUCUUGCCUCGAACACAUGCCACUGUCGGGACUAGCAGGUUUGUCUGACUUGAGACUGGAUGAAAACCUGUGCAGUCAUGCAUGCAUCUUUUGUGUCCCGCCUCUAAAAUGUUAAGAUUUUUAUAGUUGGUCUUAAAACGAGGCAGUGACACACACACACACACACACACACACACACACACACACACACACACACACACACACACACACACACACACACACAACUAGGGCUGGGCAAUAGUUCUAAUUUAUUGACUGUCAUGUUGAGAUGAUAUAAUCAUACUGGAUUACAGUUUUCCAUUCAUUCCAAACGUACACAAAUAUUAGUAAAUGUUUUUGAAGAGCUUAAUGCCUGUGAUUUUUCUUGCCUACAUUUGCUAUAAUGUGAUAUUAAUUAUCAGAAAAAUAUUCAUCUCAAUAUUGUGCAGAGAGAACACACAAGUGCAUUAUGGGAUGAAGGCAGGUGUAUUGUUAUGUGUAGACUAUAUUACAGUUUUGCCUGCUCCGUGACUGAAUUUGUUCCAUGCCAAGAAAGUUAUCAAACUACCAGGUUUUUAUCUUUGUGCUCAGAUCAGUGUUCUUAUUAUUUGACCAUAUUUUGUUUGUUAUUUCAGUGCACAUGGAUAUCUACAGUAAUGUGCUAAAACGCCUGCCAUUCCUUUUGUUUUCCUAUUUAUAUUAUAUUUAUAUUUGAUGUGUUGAGCUCAUAAAAGGUCUGUUUCUCCGGCUGAAUCAUGUGAGCAUCACCGAUAUAUCCGAGAAAGUAAAACUCUAACUGGUGUGUGCCUUAGUUAUCUGAAUGUACUUUCCUAAUUUUGUUUGUUUUGUUUUUCUUUUCUGCUGUACUGUAAACCCUCCCAACAUGCGUAUAGGAGUAAUGAAGAACCAUUUUUAAUUUGGGGUUUCAUGAUUUGCCUUUGUAAUCCCUUUUGUGAAGUCAAAUAAAAAUGUGAUGGAUUGUUUGGAUGCUUUCAAAUAAAUUUUAAACAACA